CAACUAGGCACGUGUUUCUUUUUUAAGAAUGUGCUUUGCAUAAAUGUUACAGUCAGUUUAGAUCUUUCACUGAAAGAAUUUUAAAAGGAACGCAUUUUGCGUAAAUGUUAGUUUUGAUACUUUUCAUUGAAAAAAAAUAUUUAAAGAGAAACGCAUAUCAAAAAGUAAACAAAAUUCAGUACGUUUUAUAUAUAAAGGACAGUGGAUAAUGAUAGCCACAAACUAACCACAAUGGCGGUAGAUAUAUGUGUGAUAUUCGGACUUCUGGUUUCGGUUUUCCAGGCAGGAGAUGGAUUACAAGUAUCCAUUUCAAAUCAGUAUUACGGAAACGUUCAAAUUGACGGAAGUCUGGUGUGUGGGGGAGAAGCGUUCUCGUUCAACGAAGCCGCCAUGAUAUGCCGCCAUCUUGGAUUUUCCGGCGGAUUACCAUUACCGUCUGCAAAACUGGAAAUAACUUUCAUGAUAGGAAUCAAAUGUUCCGGAUCAGAAGAAUCGAUUUCUCAAUGUAAUACCUCCAGCUCGCUUUGUCCGUCUGUCAGUCGGUGGGAGGAGAACAAAAUUGGAAUAGCGAGGGUUCUUUGUUACAACAAAAGCGAAGGAAGUGCAAGCAGAGUUAUAUUAAAAUAUGGUUACGGUCGAGUGGUCGUCAGUCAGUACGGACUAUAUGCAUCUGUGUGCGCCGACGCCUGGACAGAUGUGGAAGCAGAAAUCACGUGUAAAAUGUACGGGUUCAAAGCCGGGGUUGCUUUUGACAUCAGCAAGAGCUCACGUGAUGAAUUUGUCUUGUUUGGUAAAGUCACGUGUUUCGGAAACGAGACGACUUUUCUGGACUGUUACUCACUCGGUACAGAGUGUAGAGAAUCGUACGCCGUCAACGCCGGGGUACUGUGUUACAACCAUUACGUGCCGCAUAUUCAGUUUAACGGUCGACUAGGUCUCUAUGACGUCGUAGUUGACAACUAUACCGUCAUGCACUGCUCACAGACCCACUUCUAUCCACCCAAUGUUGAUGCGCCAAAAACUGAAAAUCCAGCCAAUACAAUUGCUUGCAAAAAUCUUUUUAUACUGGAUCAGAAGAUUAAAAAGACGAGCGACAAUACAGGCAUAUCAUUCCCAGUUAGAAAUCUCUGCAAAUCACGUGAGACUGCAAACUACAAUUGUAAUGGCGGUUGGAGCUACAGUUCCGAAUGGAAAGCGAAACAUCCCGAAAGUUUCAUGUGCCAGUCACCUUGGGUUUCAUCCGGGACUUUGUACACUUGCUGAUAUCGUUAUUUCAAUGUACUACACGAACUUCUUGAUGCAUGUAUAUGGCUUACAAUAAUAUUUGUAGUGUUUUGGAUUAUUAUUUAUUUUUUUGAUAUCUUAUGCGUUAUAUGAUUACACAAUUCUUGAAUAAAAUGCAAACAUAUCUAGCUCUGAUGCAUUUCAUGUAAACAUGAAUGAUGUAAAGGUAACGUUAACGUAACGUAAAUUAA